AUGAGAAAGAAAAAAAAAGAUAUUGAUGACAUUCAAGAACGGAUAGGUCAAAAGGAAAAAAAAAAUUUAAGCAAAAAUAAUAGAAGAUAUUUAAGUGGCAAAGAAAAUGAUACUAAGCUAGCCAAAAAGGAAAAACGUGAAAACACUCACAGCAUAAGUUCUGUCGAAAAUUAUAGCAGCAAUAGUAGUAGCGACACAAACAAUAGUCAUAAAAAUAAAUCUCAAAAAUCGAUCAAAUUAAAAAGAAAAAGGAAUGUACGAAAUGAAUCAUCAAGUUCUGAAACAAACAAAACAAAAAAGAAAUUUGGAAAAAGGCAGAUAAAUGAACAUGAAGAAUGUUCCAAAUUUGACCGAGAGCAAUAUCAAAGUAAUAGACAUGAGAAAAUAAGCAAAUCCUUAAAUGAAAAAAAAAGAGAGAGAAAAGAAAGGAGCGAUUCUGAUGAGGGUGAAGAUGAAGAUGACAAUGUACGUUAUAAAAAAGAAAGGAAAAAAAGAGAGGACAAAAAAAGAGAGAACAAAAAAAGAGAGAACAAAAAAAGCGAGUCUGAUGAAGAUGAAGAUGACAAUGCACGCUAUAAAACAGAAAGGAAAAAAGAGAGAAAAGAAAGAAGCGAUUCUGAUGAGGAUGAAGAUGAAGAUGACAAUGCACGCUAUAAAAAUGACAGAAAUAAAUUAAAGAGAGGACGAAGCGAUAGUAGUUACAUGCGAAAAAGCCGAGAAAAAGAAAGAAAACAUUUUAGAAAUAAAAAAUAUAAUAAACGAAGUGUAUCAAACAGUUCAAAUGAAUUUGAUAAAAAAAAAAAAGAUAAAAGUCAUUAUCAAAAAAGAGAUCAAAAUGAAAAAAAAAAAAAAAAUUCAGAUUCAAUCCACGAUUCAAGGGAUUAUGUCCACAAAAUGAAAAGAGAAAAACAUGAACAUGAACAUGAACAUGAACAUAAAUUUAGACGAAAUGGCAGUAGUAGUGGCAGUGGCAGUAGUAGUGGUCGUAGUAGUGGCAGUAGUAGUGGCCGUAGCAGUGCCAGUAGUGGUGGGGGUGAAGAAAAGGAAUAUGACCCAUUUGAUGAAGAUCUAAAUAAAGAUGUCGAAAUUAAUGAAAAUUUAAUCGAAUAUGCAAAAAAAAAAAUAGCAAAUAUUACUACAGAAGAUAUAGGAAGAACAGGAGGAAUAUAUAUUCCACCUUUUAAAUUAGAAAGAUUACAAAAUGAAAUAACAAAUAAAAAAAGUAGUGCAUAUCAAAAAAAUGAAUGGAUGAAAUUAAAAAAAAAAAUAAAUAAUAUAGUUAAUAAAGUAAAUAUAGAUAAUAUUGGAGAAAUAUGUUAUGAAUUAUUUGAAUGUAAUUUGAUAAGAGGAAAAGGAAUAUUUAGUCGUGCUAUAUUACAUGCACAAUUAAGUUCUCCAGCAUUUACAAAUGUUUUUACAUGUCUUUUAUGUAUUGUUAAUUCAAAAUUUCCAAACAUUGGUUUAUUAACAAUACAUAGAACAAUAUUACAUUUUAGAAGAGCUUAUAAAAGAUGCGAUAAAAUAGCAUGUUUUAAUAGUGUUAAAUUUAUAGCACAUAUGAUUAACCAAAGAAUACUUAAUGAAAUAGUAGGGUUACAAUUAUGUUCAUUAUUAUUACAAAAUAUAACCAAUGAUUCCAUUCAAGUAUGUACAUAUUUUUUAGCUGAGGUAGGUCAAUUAUAUAUGAACAUAUGUAGAAGUGGGUUAGAUAUUAUUUUUGAUAGAUUAAAAGAUAUUAUACAAGAAGGAAAUAUAAAUGUUAAAACACAAUAUGAUAUUGAAAAAUUGUGGAAUUAUAGAAAAGAUUAUUUUAAAGAUUUUCCUACAAUCAUAGAAGAUUUAGACAUUAUUAGUGAAGAAGAUAAAAUAAUUCAUGAAAUCGAUUUGUUAGAUGAAAAUAUUAGUAAUCAAGAAGAAUUAAAUAUUUUUAAAGAAGUUUCUUAUGAACAAUAUGAAAAAGAAGAUCAAGAGUGGGCUGACAUUUCACGUGAACUAUUAGAUGUAGAUGAUAAUUCACGAAAUAAACAGAAAGACACAAAUGAAAGUAAUAGUGAUGAUAUAACUGGUAAUAGCCAAAAUGAAAAUUAUAGUAGUAAUAGUAGUAAUAGUAGUACAGAUUCUGAAAAAGAAAACACAAAUGAUGAUUCGAGUAAUGAAGAUGAAGAAGAAGAAGAUGAGAAUAAAGAAGAAAUACAUGAUAUGACAGAACAAUAUUUAAUUAAUUUAAGAAAAAAUAUAUAUUUGUCAAUUAUGUCAUCUUUAAGUUUUGAAGAAUGUGUACAUAAAUUAUUAAAAUUAACAAUUAAAAGUGGAUAUGAAAUCGAAAUUUGUAAUAUGCUUAUAGAUUGUUGCUGUAUGGAAAAAACUUUUCAAAAAUUUUAUGCAUUGCAAGGUGAAAGAUUAUGUAAAUUAAAAAUUAUUUAUCAAGAGAAUUUUGAAAAGUGUUUUGAGAAUUCAUAUAAUACAGCUCAUAGAUUAGAAACAUCUAAAUUAAGAAAUUGUUCAAAAUUUUUUGCACAUCUAUUAUAUACAGAUUCUAUUUCAUGGAGAGUUUUUACUUUAAUCAAAUUAACUGAAGAAGAUACAACAUCAUCUACAAGAAUUUUUACUAAAAUAUUAUUACAAGAAUUAACAAAUAAUAUGGGAAUUAAAACAUUUUAUUUUAAAAUUAAUCAUCCUGCAAUAUCCCCAUUUUUAUCUGGUUUAUUUCCAUCAGACAAUUCUCAAAAUAUCCGAUUUAGUAUCAACUUUUUUACAGCCAUUGGUUUGGGUGCACUAACUAGUUCAAUGAGGAAAUUGCUUUCGACCGAGGGGCAUUAA